AUGGAGAUGAUCAAGGUGAAGGUGCAGACCUCACCCGCUGGCACCUUCUCUUCGAAGCUUUCACCCGCUAUGGCUACCAUGAAGGUGAGCCCAGAGAGCCGAUUUCCGUUCGGUUCGCUGAUACCCCUGUGGUCGCGCCAUAUUUCGUACACGAUGGCCGAAUUCUUCUUCUUCGAGAAGGUUGUGGAGGCCUUCUAUACGUACGUGUUCACGGAGCCGAAGAGCUCGUAUAAUCAAGAGCAUACCGAGGAAGUUAUCUUCCGAGAGUAUACAAACUCUCAGUGA